AUUCUAAAUUAAAAACGUUAACAUGUAACGUGACGUUUUUACCGUUUAAUUUUUUUUAACAAAAGGCUACACCUGCAGUAAAUGACGGAGUUAAUAUUGUAUUUCCGGAAUGUGACGUAGACAUCUCUGAUUGGCCGAGGCUCUGAUUAGUUUACUUAGUGUGGCCGCGUUACCACCUCCGCCUCUUACUCGACCAAACUUUUGAGGGCGAAGUUAGAUUUCUGCAGAUAUCACGUUAAUAAAAAUCCGCGGCGGCAAUUCAACAGUUCAAGACGGGAACUCCAAACUAACAUGGCAGUCAGACUGUGCGAUGUGGCUUCUCUGCUUAGAAGUGGUUCGUGGGCACCUGAGCCUUGGACUGGGGUAAUUGCUGCCAUGGAAACACAGCUGUCUAAUGGGCCAACUUGCAACAACACAAGCAACGGCCCUUCAACAAUGUCAAACAAUUGCUCCUCACCUGUUGAGUCAGGAAGCAUGGAGGACAGUAAAACUAACUUGAUAGUCAACUAUCUGCCUCAGAACAUGACUCAAGAGGAGUUGAAGAGUUUGUUUGGGAGCAUCGGAGAGAUUGAGUCCUGUAAGCUAGUCCGAGACAAAAUAACAGGCCAGAGUCUAGGCUAUGGAUUUGUGAAUUAUGUGGAUCCAAAGGAUGCAGAAAAAGCCAUCAAUACUUUAAAUGGCUUGAGACUUCAGACCAAAACCAUUAAGGUCUCCUAUGCUCGUCCCAGUUCAGCCUCCAUCAGAGAUGCUAAUUUGUACGUCAGUGGCCUGCCAAAGACCAUGACUCAGAAAGAACUGGAGCAGCUCUUCUCUCAAUAUGGACGCAUCAUUACCUCACGCAUUCUGGUGGACCAAGUGACUGGUGUUUCCAGAGGGGUGGGGUUCAUACGUUUUGACCGGCGUGUCGAAGCUGAGGAGGCCAUAAAGGGCCUGAACUGUCAGAAGCCGCCAGGUGCCACCGAACCGAUAACGGUCAAGUUUGCGAAUAACCCAAGCCAGAAGACCAGCCAGGCUCUGCUGUCACAGCUGUAUCAGUCACCCAAUCGAAGGUACCCAGGACCCCUCGCACAGCAGGCACAGCGCUUCAGGUUGGACAACUUGCUGAACAUGGCAUAUGGAGUAAAAAGCAGGUUUUCACCCAUGGCCAUAGAUGGAGUGACCAGCCUAGCCGGCAUCAAUAUCCCGGGUCACGCAGGCACCGGCUGGUGUAUCUUCGUCUAUAACCUGGCUCCAGAUGCCGAUGAGAGCAUCCUUUGGCAGAUGUUUGGUCCAUUUGGCGCUGUCACAAAUGUGAAAGUCAUUCGGGACUUCAACACAAACAAGUGCAAAGGAUUUGGUUUUGUCACCAUGACUAACUACGACGAAGCGGCGGUGGCCAUCGCCAGCUUGAACGGAUAUCGCCUGGGGGACAGGGUACUGCAGGUGUCGUUCAAAACCAACAAAACACAUAAAGCCUAAUCACCCACUGAGAUUGUUUCCAGAAAACUCAUCACAAAUAUGAGGAAAAAAGAAAAUGGAAGCGUGUCAAGUGUUACUUUCUACAUUAGUAAAACACAGCUUUGUAAAUCAGUGUUAGAAACAAAAAACAAUAUUCCGCGUAUCUUUUUUUUUUCCUCUUCCUUUUUGUUUGCUAGGCUUCGAAUCUUCUGAAUAUACUUUAAAAGAGGAAAAAAAGCAGGUCUGCCUGUGAUGUUGACUUCUUGCUGUCUUUACUGAUGGACCUUCUAAAAACAUUACUAUAGGUUUGGUCAUUUUGUUGCACACCUGCUUUGAAACAGUUGGGUCUUGUGAAGUUACGUGUCGUGACUUUUCUUUGUGUUUUUCUGUGUUCUAAUUUGCCUUUUGGCCUUCCGUGGUUUGCCGGUACUUACUUUGAUCGAUUUUGCAUUUACUUAAUUUUCUCUGUUCGUAGUUAUAUCAGUUGGUUAUCGGUUGGCUGCAUAAUGUUGCUUAUUGUAAAACAUAAUGGAUAAAAGACAAAAAAAAAAUUCUUAAAGCAGUACCUUGCCAAAGAGCUAAGAACCUCUUUGAUGUGGGUUUAAAAAGCAUCUAUUUUUAUAAAAAGAAAAAUUUGGAGAAAACUUUUUACUGGACCUGGAACAAAAUAUUUUGACUUGGAUACUUUGAGAAAUAUCUUCAUAUGACACCUUGUGAGCUUUUGAACUUUACAAGAAAGUUUGCAGUGGUUGAAAUUUCUGGAGAGAUUUAUGAUGUAAAAGAUACAUUUUGAGAUCUUUGUAUAAUCUUUAGAUUCUAGAAUCAAUGGCAGUGCUGGUUUCAUCUGUAAAAUCAUCCAUGCCCCUCUCCCCGGCCCGUCCCCCCGACCCCAUUCGUCCCUGUCCCUGUAGUUAACACUGGCAAUUCACUUACCAAUUUGAUUUGGGAAACGUACAGAAACAUAAGGGUUUAUUCGCCAAAAUGUGCAUGCAGAUGUAAAAAAUAAAAAUAAAAAAAAAAGCGCAGUCAUCGUCAAGAGUUAAAAGGGGGGGUGAUAGUCAGUUCUUCUUAAAGGAUUCCCUUCAAAUGGAGCACAUGGUGUUUUGUGGUGUACCUUCAAGGUAUCAUUAGAUGGAUUUUGUCUUAAUAUUGACCAUGAGGGUUUUUACAUACUUUGUAUGAAAGAAUGAUGACAAGCCCGUGGUUGGCAGAAAGCUUAAGAUUAAAAAAAAAAAAAAGUGUGGUGAAGAGAACCAAAAUUUACUCGCGAGCUUUGAGCUAUGUAAAUAUGUUUUGGUUUUUUUUAUGUUUGAUAUUUAACAGAAUUCUUUAGGUUCUAGUUUGGACUUUCAUUGGAAAGUGUGAUAUGACUAUAACUUUUGUUUGAUUACUGUAUGUAUAAGGGUUUUUUGGGGCAUAUAUAACUAAGUUUACCUUUUGUGUUGAAAUUUUUGGGUUGUCUUCUGGACUAGCAUUACAGUGCAUCAAAUUUGUUGGUUGUUUGGUCUGUAGAUUAUAGUCUUGCUUCGUUAAAAAAAAGGUAUUUAAAAAAAUUAUAGACAUUUGGGUUUGUUCUGUUAUUUUAUAUACAACAUAAUAGAUAUAUAUUUAUGUGGUAAAGAAUGGAUAAAAACCACAAUUUUGAAGGAUUUUUUUUUCUCUUCUUUUGGUUUCCUUUUUUUUUUCAUGCUCAUAUAUAUAUAUAUAUAUAUAUAAACGUAAUGCAUAUAACCUGUCUUUACAAUUGUUCAAAAAAGGUGUAAAUUGCUUUAAACACUUUUGGGGGAAGAUCAGUGAAGCAGUUGCAUUAUCAGUAGUAGUGGUGACAGGCGUUUGUGGGAACAUGAAGACUCCUGAACAAACCGUUAGGCCGGUGGGGCCUUUGAUGCACUGAAUACCUGCACCUGCAUCCUGCUUGAUAUUUAAACCGAUUACUCGUCAUGCUUCCCCUCAAAUGAGCAGUGUGCUAUGGAUUAUAUGAUUAUCUUCGCAACUGCUUUCUCUUGUUUAUCUAUUCCUCCUUUGUGUUCUUUGUAAAAGAUAACUUUAAGUCUAGAUGAGUUGUGGUACUUGCUGCUUUGGGUUGGAUUCACGUUUUUCAUGUCUGACCUGUCAUCCUCAAAGUCGAUCGCAAAGCCUUUAAAAUUUCCUGCGCUCGCGAUGAUCUGGUCUUAAAAAGAAAAAUUGGUAUUGAUGGCCGGACAAGAAAAACCCUUCCAACCUUCUCAUUUCCUAUUAUAAGAAUGAUUAUUUAUUCAAAGUUGUAUAGUCUUGACUUGGUUCACAGCGAUUUUUUUUUUUUUUUGGAAUAGGAUAACUUUUGAGUAUUUAAAAGGAUGUACAUGUUAUUCACUUUGUGUUUGGAUAUUUUUUUUUUCCCAUGUUCAGUACAUCAAUAAAUUAGUUGAAGGGCAA